AUAGCCACAGUAGGCAGUUCAAAUCUGAAUUUGCCCCAGAACUCAGAAAUAAACUUUUCAUAUUUUUGAUAGGUCCAAAAAAAUCCCACCAAAUUUUUCCUCACUCACCACCAUGGACAACCUUAAAAAGCAGCGAUCUAAGCCCUUGAAUCUGGAGGGCAAGGACCUGGGGGAGACUGCAACCAUCCCAGACAAAGAAGUAUCCAAUGUAGCCGAUUCUCCAAUUGAGGCUAUCGAUUACGAUUAUAUGAAGUAUCCAAACCAAAAGAAAAAAUCUCUGGAGAAGAGAAUCAAGCCCAAGAAGAGCGUGUCUUUCAAGAUGAUGGUGGAACUGGUGACUUACACAGACAACUGGAAGAUGAAGAUGAUCGAGAGCAAGUUGCGUACGGAGGAGGAACAGGUGGGAUUUAGGACAUCAUUGACUCUGUGAAACCAAAAUUAAACC